GCAGCCGGAGAAAAAACGAAAACAACCGGAAAAUAAGGAAAGAAAACAGCCGGCAAUGGAUCUCGAAUUAGAUAUUAUAGAUUCUUUGCAUGCACUUGGGUACAAAAAAGUGGAGCAGGAAACUCUGUGCCAAGCCCUAGACAGCGGCAUUGGCAGCGGAGACUUGCGCGAACUGAUUUAUUGGCUAGCCAAUCAAUUGCAUGUGCUGCGGAAGACCGACGAGCAUGUAGCCUCUAGCAGCAAGGAUCACAACGAAUUUGCAUUCGAGCUAUCGCUGCUAUUAACUGAGCUGGGUUGCCCGUACCGGCAGUUUGUAGCGGUGCCCAUGUCGGAACGUUUCCAAACGCGCACCUCACUGCUGCAUCUACUAGAUUACCUCACCUCGGAGCUCAUGGCCACAAAGAUGUCGCUGAAGCUGCAGCCCGCCGAGCCGCCCAGUAAAAAAUCCAAAACUGAGUCGCACCUACAGGAGACAGUGACACAGCUGACGGCAGACCUGCAGCUCGGCGAGCUGCCAAAAAACAUCAAUGCAAAGCAAUUGUUCGAGCGUCUAACGCCUAAACUGGAACAGCGACUGAAGCAGACAAGCCCGGCGGUGAUCAGUGAGCCGUUGAUGCGUACAAAUAAACCCUUGACUGAUGCUCAGUGGCGUGUCUUGGAGAGCAUGCACAGAGAUCUGGAUGCGGAGUACAAUCUGCGGCGACAAAUGAUGCUAACGCGCUUGGAAGCGACAGUUCAAAGUUUUCAAUGGUCCGAGAGCAUGAGGAAGCGACAGGGCGAGAUUGGAGAUCGUUUUCAGCGUAAACUCAAGGAGAUUGAGAAGCUCCAGUUUGGCGGAGAUGAUACCAACAUUGUGGCGCUGCUGGCGGCGCGCGCGGAUUUGGCGAUUAUUGAGAAGACGAGCUCAGCGAAUGUGCGCAAGAAUACGGCUUCGAAGAUAGAAAAACAUGUGAUUGGCAAUGUGCCGGAUCGCGGUGGACGCGCCAAUGAGCACGCGCCACCGCCGCCAGAGAUGCCUUCCUGGCAACAGCAACGUGCCGGCGGACCUGGUGGUGGUGGCGGAGGCCGCGGUGGUGGUGGCAACUUCCGUGGCGGACGCGGUGGCGGACAAGGAGGUGGUCGCGGUGGCGGACAAGGUGGUGGACGCGGUGGUGGUGGAGCUCCAAACUGGCAACAACAGCAAAACCAGCAGCCGUACCAACAUCAACAACAGCAGCAACGAGAGCAAUGGACUAACAACAGCGGACGUGUCCAGGGCUCUGGCUGGAAUCCUCAGGCUGGGGCACGCGGCGGAGGUGGCGGCGGCAGCGGCGGCGGCUACCACGGCGGCGGUGGCGGCUACCACGGCGGCGGACGCGGCGGCGGCUACAAUCAACGUCACCAGGGCGACUAUCAACGCGGUGAUUUCCGUUAAGCUAAAUAGACGACCGCAUUGCAGUGUCAAUUUCGGCGUGCGGUCAUUAAUAACUACCAAAAUUGAUAUUUAUUUAUAUUAGA